AAUCACCUAAAAGGAGAGUGUAGAAGAAAACGGGAGUGCACACGCCCUGCAAAUUCUUUCCUAUUUUGACCUCUCUUCUUCUUCUUCUUUCUAAUUCUCUUCCAUUUACGAAGCUUCUCAAUUCCUCAAAAUAAUAUAAUUAGGGUUUUCUUAGUUUACAAUUACUUUCUUGGUUUCCUUUCUAAAUUUUGGAAAAAGUUGAACUGUUUAAUAUUCAAUGAAACAGGUAGCUUUAAGCAGCUAGCUAAAUUAUGUUAGUUUAGGAUUUUCAUUCUCAGUAACGGACCUGACCAAGGUUUAGGUGUUAUUUGGUUAUUUAUUGAUUCAUUUAUGGCAGCGGCGAAUCCCCAGCCACUGCAGGCGCGCCCUUAUGAAGAACACGCUCCAGCUCCGCUACAGAUCGAUGAUGAUGAUGACGACGACGGUGGCGGAGCUGAGUAUGAAGACGAUGAUGAUAUGGAUGAUGAUGUUGUUGUUGAAGAGAGUCACUUGGAUAGUGGUGUGAGCGUGGCGGAGCACGGUGGCGGAGGAGGGGGAGGACUUGGCGUGGUUACGGCGUCGAGGAUGAGUGAACUAACUCUUUCUUUUGAAGGAGAAGUUUAUGUUUUUCCUGCUGUUACCCCUCAAAAGGUGCAGGCAGUGCUCUUGCUUCUGGGAGGACGAGACAUACCCACUGCUAUACCUACUAUUGAAGUUCCCUAUGAUCAAAAUAACAGGGAUGUAGGUGAUAUCCCAAAGCGCUCAAAUCUUUCACGAAGAAUAGCCUCUCUUGUUAGGUUCCGUGAGAAACGGAAGGAGAGAUGUUUUGACAAGAAAAUAAGAUACACUGUGAGAAAAGAGGUUGCACAAAGGAUGCACCGCAAGAAUGGGCAGUUUGCAUCACUAAAAGAAGGUUCAGGGGGUUCAAGUUGGGAUUCUGCGCAGAGUGGUCUACAAGAUAGUACUUGUCCUGAAACUAUUGUUCGGAGAUGCCAACAUUGUGGCGUGAGUGAAAAUAAUACUCCUGCAAUGCGUCGUGGGCCAGCUGGACCAAGGACUUUAUGCAAUGCAUGUGGACUGAUGUGGGCAAAUAAGGGGACAUUGAGGGAUCUUAGGAAAGGAGGAAGGAAUUCUCUUGUAGAAAAAAUUGAGCCUGAAACACCAAUUGAUGUGAAGCCAUCCAUUAUGGAAGGAGACUUCUCAGGCAACCAGGAUGAGCAUGAACCCCCUGAAGAUCCUUUUAAGGCUGUGACCAAAGGAUCCAGCAAUCCUUCUUUCAAUCCAGAAGAAGUUUUGCAAGAAGUCGAUGAAGAUCUCCCGAGCAUUUUGCCAAUGGGAGUUGUCCACUCUUCAGUAGCUGAUGAUGAGCAGGAGCCACUUGUUGAGCUUGCUGAUCCUUCAGAUACAGAAUUGGUCAUUCCUGCUAACUUUGAUUAGGAAAAGUUACUUUUCUCUCCAUUAACGUCAGAAGACUACGGAUCUGGAUGCAAAAUUGGCAGUAUCAUUGUACUGCAUCUUGUCCACAUACAUCAUUGACAGAAAAGUACUCACGCUUCAUAUAUAAGGGUAAUUAGCAUAAUGAGUCGUAAGUAGAAACAAGAUUGAUGUUGAAUCCCGACUGCAAUUGCCUUGUGACGUGACAUGAGAAGAUGUGACGCUGCUGCUUCCAUCUAACACCAAUGUGUUAGAUUAUACUCCUUGUUGAUUGUAGGGCUGCAAGUUUUAUGUGUUCGGUUUGUUACUAGAUCUGCUUGGAGUGAUUUGACUAGUUUAUAUGUGAUUAAUAUGUUAGGGGUUUACAUAAUUGCCAUAGGCUUACGUGCUGUAAUUGUUAACUUAAUAAAUGUGCUUCUGUUCUAAUUCAUAAGUUUCCGAGUAAAAAAUACUGAUUUAUGCACAUUUGUAAUUAUUGGUGAUAUUAAUAGAAAAUGUGAUUGAAAUUAAA